AUGGAUGUUUUUACUGUUCUUACACCACCUUCUUCACCCACUUGUGCUUUACAACACUAUGAAUGUGCAGUUUGUAAGAUCUUAUACAAAACUAAAUCUGGUUUAACGCGUCAUAAUACUAUUGUACGAAAAUACAACCUGCGACGUGAAGGAUUGUGCAGAUUGCCUUCUGAAGUGAUAACUGAGUUUAAAGCAUAUCUUGUUCAUGUUAUUCAAAGCAAACUUAAAGGACAUUUUUCUCGAUCGGGUAGACAAGCUAUUUCCUUUCCUUGUUUGGAAAGUUUGUUUUUUGGAGUUUUUGAAGGUUAUAUUCAUUAUUAUAACUAUCGUUCUGGUAAUUAUAAGUGCCUUUUCCAAGGUCUUGAUGCAUACACACAAAUAGCUAAUUUACUUGGCAACUCAAAUUGGGGGCGCAAAUUUUUUGAUAAUGACCAACAAACCUUUGUUGUGUUAUUUGAUGCAAGGGCUGAGGUAGAAGCUAACCAGGAAACUAUAUUUGAUCAAAAUGGAAGGCGUAUUCCAAAAAAUCGAUUAAAAAAAUUUAAUUUACCAAAAUUAACAGUUGAAUGGAAGUACAAAAAAAGUAAAAAAGAUGCAAAGGACAAUAUAACUUCAGCAGGAUAUAUUCAUUUAAAUUUUCAUGUUCAACAAGUUUAA